AUGAGUGCAAGCAAUGAAGAACCUGAAACAAUCUCACUUUAUGAUAUGGUGGAUGAUGAGUCAGAAAUAAACGAAGAUCAAAAUGAUGUAGACUUGUCAUUAAAUGAUUCAAAUCAACCUUUUGCAUGCAAUAGGCAUUUGGAACCAUGUCUCAAUAUGGUAUUUGAUAAGCUUAAGGAUGCGAAAGCAUGUUAUAAUGCAUAUGCAAGGCGAAAGGGGUUUGGCAUACGAGUAAAUCAUACUCGAAAGACUAAAAAUGAUAGAAUAUUGGUUGGUAUUGAAUAUGUUUGUUCAAAGGAAGGGUUUCGUCGUAGACGUGAUGAAGACACAGAAAGAAUAGGUCCAGAGCGUGCAGAAACAAGAGUAGGAUGCAAAGCAAUGAUAGGUUUAAAGAAAAUUGAAGAUACAUGGGUUGUGUGUAAGUUUGUGGAGGAUCAUAAUCAUGAGCUUCUUACUCCUAAGAGUACAAGCAUGCUUCGUGGGCAUAGAGUGAUAACAAAUGCCCAAAGGAAUCUUAUAUAUACACUUAAUGAGACAGGUAUACCUCCAAGCAAGAUAAUGUCUGUGUUAAUUAAAGAAUCUGGUGGUGAUUAUAAUGUUGGAUGUAUUCCGGUUGAUAUUCAAAAUUAUUUGGGUAAUAAAAGAAGAAAGUUGCUUCAAGAUGGAGAUGCCCAGGGAAUGUAUAAAUAUUUUAUUGAGCAACAAUGUAAAAAUCCAGGUUUUGUUUAUGCAGUUGAAGUUGAUGAAAAUGGGUGCAUGGGUAAUUGCUUUUGGGCAGAUGCUAGGUCAAGAAUUGCAUACCAAUAUUUUGGAGAUGUUGUUACUUUUGAUGCUACAUACCAAACAAAUACUUAUAAGAUGCCUUUUGUUCCUUUCACAGGAGUUAACCACCAUCAUCAAUCGGUGAUGUUUGGAUGUGCUUUGCUUGUGAAUGAAACAACUGAAUCUUAUACAUGGUUGUUGAAGACUUAG